GUGGUGCUGGCCAGUCUGUCGGUAGGGAGAGCAGUGAUGGUUGACCCAGUAACGCUGGCUGACUGUGCGACCCCCGUCUCCAUGGCGGCACCGGCGCCCGCGGUGAUGGUGACCCAAGAGGCAGGAAAAUCUUCGUUGGCCAACAAGAACGGGAAGAAGGCGGAUUCAGGAUGCCUCGGAGGCGGACUCUUCUCCUGGUUCAUGGUCAUCGCCCUGCUGGGAGUCUGGACCUCAGUGGCCGUGGUCUACUUUGACCUGGUGGACUACAAGGGUGUGAUGGGUAAACUGUCGGCCUACGACGCGGACGGAGACGGUGAUUUCGACGUGGAGGACGCCAAAGUGUUGCUCGGCCUGAAGGAGAGUGCCGUCGCCCCGGCAACGAAGAUGGAGGCUGCCGCUCCGGUGGAGCAGCCCGCUGUGGACGCCCCCGCUCCGUCAGACCAAGCUGUGAUUGAGCCGGACCCCGUGGAGGUGGAGGAGGAGAUCCAGGCGGAGGCUGCAGAGGAGGUGCUCGCCCCCCCACCAGUGCCUGAGCAGGAAGCGGAGAGGAACCUCAGCAGGAAGUGGAGGCCCCAGAACAGGAAGUGGAGGCCCCAGCCCAGGAAGUGGAAGAUGAGCCUGAGGUAG